AUCAGCAUAAAGUACAAACAAUUCAUCAAGACGCUUAUAAAUAUAACAUUAUCUCUCCAUAGGAUUGACAAUACUCAGUACCGUUAUUUGCCAUGAAGAACACUAUCUCUUGUUUCCUUCUACUCUUGAUUGUCGUUCCUAUCUUGGCCUCAUCUGUUGAGAAAAAAGUGUAUAUAGUUUACUUGGGGCAGCACAACAAUGGGGAGAAAGUUUUGCAUGAGAUUGAGAAAACCCAUAUCUCAUACUUACUUUCAGUCAAAGAAUCUGAAGAAGAUGCUAAAUCUUCCCUUCUUUACAGCUACAAACACAGCAUCAAUGGCUUUGCUGCAAAGCUUACACCAGAUGAAGCCUCCAAGCUCUCUGGAAUGGAUGGGCUUUUGUCAGUGUUUCCUUCACAUGGAAAGCACUCAGUGCAGACAACAAGGUCAUGGGAAUUUGUUGGCUUAGAUGAAGGAGAUAGCUAUUCAUGGGAAAAGCUUAAGAUGGGAGGAGAAGACUUGUUGUCAAAAGCUAAACAUGGCAAAAAUGUCAUUAUUGGAGUGAUGGAUAGCGGUGUAUGGCCGGAAUCACCGAGCUUCAGUGACCAAGGAAUGGAUCCCACCCCAAAAUCAUGGAAAGGAAUCUGCCAAGGAGGAGUCGCUUUUAACUCAUCCAAUUGCAACAAAAAGAUAAUCGGAGCCCGAUACUACGUAAAGGGUUUCCAGAAUGCAUACGGGCCCGUUAACGCGACGGAAGACUACCUCUCCCCACGAGAUAUAGAUGGCCACGGAACGCACACUGCGUCCACAGCGGCAGGCCGACAAGUUUCUGAUGUUGCCGCCUUCGGUGGGUUCGCAAAAGGCACGGCUUCCGGUGGGGCUCCUUUGGCUCGCCUUGCCAUAUACAAGGCCUGCUGGGCGAUCCCUAACCAACCCAAAGCGGAUGGCAACACUUGUUUCGAUGAAGAUAUGCUUGCAGCUUUGGAUGACGCCAUAGCUGAUGGUGUUCACAUACUUAGCGUUUCCAUUGGAACCGCCAAACCUUUACCUUUUGAACAUGAUGUAAUUGGUCUUGCUGCGUUAGAGGCUGCAAAGCGCAACAUCCUCGUUGUAUGCAGUGCGGGGAACAGUGGUCCUGCCCCUGGAACAUUGUCGAACCCGGCGCCGUGGAUAAUUACGGUCGGUGCUAGUAGCCUUGACCGCGCAUUUUUUGCACCCGUUAAGCUAGGCAAUGGCUUGAAACUUAUAGGACAAAGUGUUACACCAUACAAGAUGAAGAAGAUGUCCCCAUUAGUUUACGCAGGAGAUGUAGUUGUCCCUGGUGUGCCUCAAAACGUUACAGGGCAAUGCCUUCCUGGUUCACUCGACCCCACUAAGGUGAAAGGGAAGAUCGUGGUGUGCACGAGAGGGGCUGGUCUAAGAGUAGGUAAAGGCUUGGAAGUAAAAAGAGCUGGUGGUGUGGGUUUCGUCUUAGCCAACGCCAAGGCUAAUGGAAAUGAAAUAGCAUGUGACGCUCAUUUGCUACCUGCAACUGCGUUGACCUAUGAUAGUGGGAUUAAGAUUCUUGAAUACAUCAACUCAACAAAGAACCCGAUGGCAGUGGUCAGUCCAGGCAGGACAGUAUUGAAGUACAAGCCCGCACCCUUCAUGGCUGGAUUCACCAGUCGUGGUCCAAAUGUGGUGGAUCCUAAUAUUCUCAAGCCUGAUAUCACGGCUCCAGGGCUUAAUAUUUUGGCAGCAUGGAGUGAAGCAUCAUCUCCCUCAAAGCUACCAGAGGAUAAGAGAUCAGUGAAAUAUAACAUUUACUCAGGAACUUCCAUGUCUUGCCCUCAUGUCUCUGGUGCCGCCGCGCUUCUCAAAGCUAUACAUCCGGAUUGGAGCAUUGCUGCUAUCAAAUCUGCUCUCAUGACCACAGCCGCAAUAGCAAACAGUUUAGGCAGGGCAAUUACAGAUGCAGGCGGGAACAAUGCAACUCCCUUCCAAUUCGGGGCCGGCCAUUUCCGUCCAAUUAAGGCAGCCGAUCCCGGUCUUAUUUACGACGCCUCGUACGACGAUUACCUUCUCUAUCUCUGCACCGCUGGUCCGAAGUCCCUUAUAGAACUUAGCUCUCCAUUUAAGUGCCCGCCUAACCCUCCUUCAACACUCAACCUCAACUAUCCAUCCUUCGCAAUUCCCAACCUUAACACCACCGUCACAAUCACGAGGACGGUCACAAAUAUUGGAAGACCCAAGAGUACAUACUUCUUCAGUGCCAAACCGCCGCCAGGAGUCCAUGUAAAGGUGUCGCCCAGUAUUUUGCAGUUCAAACGAAUAGGAGAGAAGCUGAGCUUCAACAUCACAGUGUCCCCGAUAUAUGAUCCCACAGUGAAGAAAUCUGAGUAUGGCUUUGGUUGGUACAGUUGGGAUGAUAGAUACUAUCAUGUAAGAAGUCCUAUGGCUGUUUAUUUACCGUAAUUUUUAUAGGUUUUUUCGUGUUUCCCAUUUUUAGUGGCUACAUUUUUAAUUGGUCAAAGAAACACUAGUAUGUUAGUCCUUUUGUCUGAAUAUUGAAUAAUUUUGAUUUCGCAUGGUA